AGUACUUUUCACCGAUACAAGCAUCCAGAAUUUGGGUUACUUAAGUUUAAAAAUUAAAAUACGAUUGUACAUUAAGAGCUUUGUUUAUUUGGAGCUUUUUAUCAUCUUCGGUGGAUAUAUAUUAUUCUGCAAAUAUUAAAAAUGCCUGCAGACAGUAAUGAGGCGGUUAUCGAAGUCGAAAGCUCAUCACCACAUGUUCAAGUGUCAAGCAAAUCAAGUGAAGUUAUUGACGACACUAAAAGAAAAGAUCAUUUGCGAGGAAUACCCAAAUCAGGGCGCUUUUGGAAAACUAAGAAAAACAGGUUUUCUUCUAUAGUAAAAACAAAAGGAAUUAAACCAGAUUUCCAGAGGAAGACAGCUCUACGUUUAGAAUUAAAAAGAACAAAGGAGUUAUCUAAACAAAUUCAAGAGCAGAUGAAGGAAAAAGAGCAGGUUAGAAAGGAAAGACGACGAGAGAAUUUGAAACGUACAGAAGAAAAUAAGAAAAAGUCAGAAAUUGUCCAAGUUAUUACUAACACUGCGAAACUGAGGAGGAUGAAGAAGAAACAAUUAAGGUUUAUUGAGAAAAGAGACACUAACAAAGAAAUAAAAGCAGUAAAAUAAAAAAAAUACUUAACUU